AUGCAGAAUAAGAUCACACAACAAUGUGAGAGCAUUAAGGACAUGGAAGAGAACAUUGAUGCAUUGACUGAGGAAAUGAAGAAGCUGACUGAGGUUUACACAGAUACAGAACUGAGACUUGAGGAGACAACAAAAAACUUGACUGUCACCACAGAUAACCUGAUAAAAACAACGGAGAACUUACAGGGCACUCGACAAGAGCUGAAGGUCACUACACAGGAGCGUGAUGAACAGACGUACCUAGUGGCAGAGCAUGUGUCUACAGAGACCUGUUUGUAUGGCCAGGCUAAACAGUUACUGGCUACUGUAGACUCUGCCCUGACAGAUAUAGACGGUCUCCACAGUAAGCUGGAUAGGAAGAAGGAAGUAGAGAUGAGUAAUGAGGAAUGUCAGCUAAAGUUCAAGGAACGCUUCCAGAACCAGAUAAGUCAAAUGGAGGAAGGUGUCAGCAGCUUCUUAACAACAACAAAGAAAUAUCAGAGCUGUCUGUUAGAUAAUACAGUGAGUCUGCUACAGCAACAGCAGGAGCAGACGUCCGUCACCUGUCAGUCGGUAACUAACCACCAACAGAGACUGACUGACCGGGCGGGGGUUGUCAGUCAGCACAGCAGUGACCAGACUGACCUACACUCAGCAUGGCUGGACAGAGUUCAAGAAGCUACAGCAUCUACGCAAUCAGAGCAAACAGAAGCACUUACAGAUUUCCAGAAUAAUACGUUUGAGCCUGCUGUUCAGCAUGCAGUAGAUUCCAACAAACUCUCAGCCACCAUCCUUCAGAGGCAGAUAGAGCUUUUACACGCUCAGAAAACUGAGCAAGAACAGAUAGUGAACAAAUUCAUGUCCACAACCACAGCAGGCCUGGAGAAUCUGACCACACUGGUGGGGGAUUUCUUCACGCAAAUGACGGCUGACCUUGACGAGACGGAGAGGCACACAGCGGAGGAAGAAAGACUGGAUCAGGAACUGGAGGACACGAUGCUGCAGCACCGGCAGAAACGCUUAGAACUGCUCAAACAGACCAGGAAUCGUAAGCUAUCCAGACAGCGGGCAGUGCGACAAUUCCGCGACACGUUAGUAGAUAAUCUACAGGAAGUGCGGACAGGAGCCGACCAGACAAAGCCGGAACUGAUGGGAGUUGUAGCCUCUAACUGUACCAACAACCAGACUGACCUCUCACAGGUGCUGACGGAGGUGGACAAGUCUACAGGGACGUGUGAGGACAUCAGACAGAACGUCAGAGAUAUAAACAGCCACACCCAGCAGGUUUGGGUGCAGCAUUUAGCAACAAUUACAGAGAGAACUGCUGAGCACAGGGAAGUUUGGGUGCAGCAUUUAGCAACAAUUACAGAGGGAACUGCUGAGCACAGGGAAGUGAUGCGAUCAGGACAGGAACACCACAACACCUUAACACAGGUUUGGGUGCAGCAUUUAGCAACAAUUACAGAGAGGACUGCUGAGCACAGGGAAGUGAUGCGAUCAGGACAGGAACACCACAACACCUUAACACAGGUUUGGGUGCAGCAUUUAGCAACAAUUACAGAGAGAACUGCUGAGCACAGGGAAGUGAUACGAUCAGGACAGGAACACCACAACACCUUAACACAGACUCUGAUCAAGGAGAGCCAAAGUCAUACAGAUAACCUGGUGUCCCAGCUGCAAGGAAACCUACAACAGUGGGCCGCCCACACUCAGGACAGCCAGACAGACAUGGACACACAGGCACAGUUUACUGCUGAUUGGUCAAAUAACUUGUCAGCUGACCUACAAAGACAUUCACACGAUGUGGAGGCUUUUCUGCACGAGGAACUAAGGAAAGACAUCCCAACAGGUAAAACUCCACAGAGAAGAAACAUGACGUACCCGCUACAGCUCACAAAGACCUCUGAGCAUGACAUCCUACUCAACGACUUCAGAGCUGACUACGACAGUGACCCACUUGUUACAGACCUAAGCAGUUCUCUGGACGCUGUGGCCGAGUCAAGUCGAGUUAGUAAGACGAGUGAGACGGAGGAGGUAGAAUCUGCUCCUAGUGAGGUUGGCAGUGAAUCCUCCUGUACGUCUGGAGUGUCCAGCUUAAGCCGAGCUAGCAGCAAGAUGUCAAGUAAAGAAAACAAAACCAGGAAGCCAAAGUUGCCUUCUAAAGUGAAACAGAACAAUGUCAACACAACUCCCAGAGGCAAGAGUCGUCUCCCUUUGAAAUCUCGCAACCCAACAGAGGCCUGAUACAGCAGUUUAUAUAACAUAGACAAAACUUGUUUUCAGCAACACAACGAUUACUUGCCACGAUGUGUUUAAGAUACUUUUUUUACAUUUCAAUUAAUUAGUUUUUGUCUUACUCGUUGAUUAAGGUAUUUAUUCAAAAAAAUCAAUAAAUAUGAAUGUGAAAUCAUUAAAUAUAUAUCACUCUUGUUGGCUUGGUUGGAAGCACACAGGGAGACUUUUAGUGGGAGGAAACAAGUGUACCCUGAGAAAACCCACAUGGUGGGGCAGGUGACCCCAUCUCUUCUAAUGUCCAUUAGGGGAAUCAAACCCCAGCUAUCUGUGUGUAAGGCGAGUGGCCAUCUGUGUGUAAGGCGAGUGGCUAUCUGUGUGUAAGGCGAGUGGCUAUCUGUGUGUAAAGCGAGUGACUAUCUGUGUGUAAGGCGAGUGGCUAUCUGUGUGUAAGGCGAGUGGCUAUCUGUGUGUAAGGCUUCAAUGGUCACCAGUGUAGGUAGUUUCUUGAUUGAUAGGGCUAUGAUUUAUUACUGAUGGUCUUUCAACAGGAUACAUGAUCAUGUGCAGAAAAUUGAUCAAGUUUGACUAAUAUUUAUUAUAUAUACAGUUUGUUAGAUACAUAUACGUAUGUACAUGUGGAUGGAUCACUUUAAUGCAGUUCAUCUAAUUUCAUCUCAUCAUAUUCCGUUCAUUUUCAUUUUCAUCUCAUGAUGUCACAUUCUAUCUAGUAACAUUUUCAUCACAUUUUCUAUUCAUCAAGAUUACUCUGAACAGGCUGAAGGGCUGGGUUCGUUUGUAGUGUCAACUGGUUUAGCCUUCUUAUAGGGCUUGUUCAGCACAUCAUCAAAUUGUAUCCCUAAAGUACCGUAUAUUAACUCAUAAACUUUCCAGACCCCCUUAUAAGUGCACCCACCUAUUGUUUGGGAAAGAGGAUGGGUGCACAUAAUUAAAACCUGUAAAACGUUGUUUACUUUACCAAUCUGCCAUUAUAACAUCCAAGGGGGUGUUUCUGUAUUGUGAUGUUCCCGUACUUGUAUAACUAGCUGUUAGAGUUGUCCUCCAUUAUCUCCAUUGUAUGAACUAUACUUCAGAUUGAUCACUCUCAUAUGUGUUACACAUUUAAAUCGUACAGAAAGUUGUUUAAUUAACAUGUAAUAAGCAGUCAUCAUGGUAAUCUUGCUUCUCAUAUGUUUUUAUUUUCAUUAUCUUGUCAUGUUUUUGUUUUCAUUAUCUUGUCAUGUUUCUGUUUUCAUUAUCUUGUCAUGUUUCAUCUCUUGUACAUUCAGAGCAUUGAUUUAUUUCUUCUAUUUUUUGUUGACUUGACAGUUUGGCACUAACUUCGUAUAACCUUGUGAUGGGAAAACAUACCACCCCAAACAAGCAAAGGCAGUGUUGGAUUGUUCUUGUAUCUGAUUUGAUUUACCUGUAUUGAGUCUGAUUUGAUUUACCUGUAUUGAGUCUAAGUGAUCUUGUAUCAGAUACGGUAUGUAGAUCACUUUGCUGAUAGCCUGCUGUUUAAAAUGUCACUUCAUCAUGUUGUCUACCUAACACAUCAUGUUGUCUACCUAACACAUCAUGUUGUCUACCUAACACUUUAUGUUUUCACUGUACUUCUGACCCGUUCUCAUGUUGUCCCUCAUUUUGCAGGUAUUUUAUGCUUUUAAAAGUAUCUAUAAUAAUUAAGUAUUUUAACUUAUAUGGACAAGGUGUUUUUAAGACACAGAAUUUUAAACAUAUUUAUUGAACCUGAUUUUAUCUCAUCAUAUAAUUAUUUCAUACUUGUAUUUAAUUUACAUUAACUGUUGAUCGCAAUCCAUAGUCACUUCCUUCAAUGUGGUACCACAGUAGCUCAGGCCCAGUCACUUCCCUCAAUACAGUACUACAGUAACUGGCCCAGUCCUGCACUUCCCUCAAUACAGUACUACAGUAACUGGCCCAGUCAUGCACUUCCCUCUAUACAGUACCAUAGUAACUCAGGCCCAGUCACUUCCCUCUAUACAGUACCACAGUAACUCAGACCCAGUCACUUCCCUCAAAACAGUACCACAGUAACUCGCCCAGUCACUUCCCUCAAUACCGUACCACAGUAACUGGCCCAGUCACUUCCCUCAAAACAGUCCCACAGUAACUCUGCCCCAGUCACUUCCCUCAAUACCGUACCACAGUAACUGGCCCCGUCACUUCCCUCUAUACGGUACCACAGUAACUCAGGCCCAGUCAAUUCCCUCAAUACAGUACCACGAUAACUCAGGCCCAGUCACUUCCCUCAAUACAGUACCACAGUAACACUGGCCCAGUCACUUCCCUCUAUACAGUACCACGGUAACACUGGCCCAGUCACUUCCCUCUAUACAGUACCACAGUAACUCUGGCCCAGUCACUUCCCUCAAUACAGUACCACAGUAACUCAGACCCAGUCACUUCCCUCUAUACAGUACCACAGUAACUCAGGCCCAGUCACUUCCCUCAAUACAGUAUCACAGUAACUCUGGCCCAGUCACUUCCCUCAAUACAGUACCACAGUAACUCAGACCCAGUCACUUCCCUCAAUACAGUACCACAGUAACUCAGACCCAGUCACUUCCCUCAAUACAGUACCACAGUAACUCAGACCCAGUCACUUCCCUCUAUACAGUACCACAGUAAAUCAGGCCCAGUCACUUCCCUCUAUACAAUACCACAGUAACUCAGGCCCAGUCACUUCCCUCAAUACAGUACCACAGUAACUCAGGCCCAGUCACUUCCCUCUAUACAGUACCACAGUAACUCAGGCCCAGUCACUUCCCUCUAUACAAUACCACAGUAACUCAGGCCCAGUCACUUCCUUCAAUACAGUACCACAGUAACUCAGACCCAGUCACUUCCCUCAAUACAAUACUACAGUAACUCAGGCCCAGUCACUUCCUUCUAUACAGUACCACAGUAACACUGGCCCAGUCACUUCCCUCUAUACAGUACCACAGUAACUCAGGCCCAGUCACUUCCCUCUAUACAAUACUACAGUAACUCAGGCCCAGUCACUUCCCUCAAUACAGUACUACAGUAACUCAGGCCCAGUCACUUCCCUCAAUACAGUAUCACAGUAACUCUGGCCCAGUCGCUUCCCUCAAUACAGUAUCACAGUAACUCUGGCCCAGUCACUUCCCUCAAUCAGAUCAAUAUUUGGUUGAAUCUGACUCUUAAUAAUUUUUUGAUUUGGCAGGAAAGCAGAUGGUUUUUUCAGACUAUUUUUGGUCUUUCUCGGCUGUGGAAUUUGUCCACAAUUGUUGCCCUGAUGUGAUAGUUUUUGAUGAAAAUUAAAUUUCAAUAACUUUCAUGAGAUUUUUGACAUACUUAUGAACUGUAUACCAUCUUCAUCAUGUACGUGAGCUGCUUGUUUGUUGUUGGUGCUUACAUAUCCAAGUUUUAGAAAUAAAUGAUCUUGGGUUUUUUUGGAUUUUUAAAUGGCCUCUAAAAUAUGCCAAAAGCAAGACUGCAUAGAAAUAAACAUCUGUUUAAAACCAGA